AUGUCAGUCGGCGGCCCUUGUCUUUGGUUGCCUUCGUUAUCAUCGCCAGUUCCUUCGCCCCUAUCUGCAGUUUCAUCUCAUCUUUCCGCAGCCCGCAACAGCGAUAGACUUUCGUUAGGGCCCAGGACUGUUUCACCACGACUAUCUGCACAGAAGAAAGAGGAGCCUGGCGUUCCUGUUCCUGUGCACGUUCCUGCUCGUCCUGUGGAGAUGCACUCGGCUGGCUUUAAGGCUGAGAACGCCUUGAAUAACCCGGUGCCACAGCCCCUCAGCAUGGGCUCAGCACCGUACUUGGGGAGAGAUGUUUCAGGUCCGGAGACAGUCAACCACAGAUUGGAGGCGGCGAAGCAAGACAUGCUCCCACGUGUGAAGUUGGAGAUCCCGAGUUUGAACCAGCGCGUCUUUUCAACUAUUCAGCCCCUGGUCGGGCACGGUGGUCAUCAUGAGGAGACGGGUGUUUCAUCCUUUUCAGCCCCGCAUGACCCCAGAGACGAUCACGACAGAGAUUCCGCAAGCAGUCCUGAUGACGAUAAGGAUAUGAUGGGAAGCGAUGACAACAAUAGAUCGCCUUCGAUGGAGAAGAAGAAGAUGAAGCGCUUCCGUUUAACACAUAACCAAACUCGCUUUUUGAUGAGCGAGUUCACUCGCCAGGCACACCCAGAUGCUGCUCAUCGCGAACGUCUGUCAAGGGAAAUCCCUGGACUUACCCCGCGUCAAGUUCAAGUUUGGUUCCAAAACAGACGGGCAAAGCUCAAGCGUCUCACUACCAAUGAUCGGGAAAGAAUGCUCAAAUCUCGAGCCCUUCCUGACGAUUUCGAUACCACAAAAGUCCUUCGCACACCCUUUGAGGGCAAAGCAUCAGGAAUCACGCCAGUGGCAUCUCCACAAGGCUACGCAGCCCCAAAUCCAGAUUACAGCUCCUUGAGAACACUUCGUACCGACUGCUAUCCCCGAUCAAGUGAAGACGAAUAUCUCGUCUCUCCUCUCAGCUCUGCAUCAACGGCAGGAACCUACAUGUCUUCCACAGGACGAAAUGACAGCCUGCCCCAAUCGAGUAUGAUGUUCCGUCCUGCUGCAUCCGCCUCUAUGUCCGAUUUACAUAGAACUAUCCGCAACGAUUAUCCAGUCACCCGGUCCAGCAGCCUGUCUGAUGCAUCGGCGCAUCCUUCAGCGUAUGCGGGGUAUCCGAUACACAAUCGCUUCACAGGCCAGCCGAACCAGCCAGGUCUUCCGUACAUGAGACGACCCAUGGAAUACGCUAUUCCGCAGCAUCCAGGUAGCAUGGGACCAUAUGAUCAACGUCAGUCAUUUGAAGGCUCCGUGUCACCAACAGACACCCAAGCCGCACAUAUCACCUACGACAUGAACAAUCUAGGCCCACAACAACAAAACUAUAGCCUUGGAAUGGGAUCUCAAUUACCAAAUCAAAGUCGUGCCAUGAACCCCAUGCAGAGCUUGCCAGUCUCAGCAGCACCGGAUUAUCGAGCCUAUUCAUACGACGCUACCGCCGGCCCAAUGGGUGCACCAAUUCCCUACACACAAGCCAACCCCUCAAAUAUGAGCCUCCCAACAUCGGAGCCAUCUUACAACUACCCUACCUAUAUCCAGCAGUGA